AUGUCGCCCUGUAUCCAAGCUUCAGGACAAAUUGAGGACAUAGGGAACUGCAAGAGUCCUGGUAGAUUUGCUGGUUAUGUUGCAGACCAACUGAAGAUGUGUGCAGAAUCAGAAAAGACACCUUCAAAAGGCUUAACUCUUUAUACUGAAACUUACAAAGAUACGUUGGAGCGUUCUGUAACUUAUAAACCAAAGAUCUACUUUGUAUUGGGACAAAAUACUGAAGGGUGUUUCCAUGCAAAGCCUCAAUUAUGGUAUCGCACUAUUAGUGAUAAAGCGUUUGUUUUACAAUGCGCUUUACCAGGUGAUGCCACUAACAUUUAUAAAAAAUCACCUGUAAAACAACACGAGGUGAAAUGGUUCUGGCAUCAGAAAGACAAAGAGCAUCUGGAAGCUAUCAGAGAAAGCACUAACCUUGCUCUGCAAGGGGAUGCACUUUGGUUUAAACCAGUAAGGGACAGCGCUUCUGGAGUCUACAUCUGUAUGAUACGGGAAAAAAUCCCAUGUCUCAAAAUUGUUCUGGAGGUUCAAACAAAAAAGGAGGCAAAAUGUUCGGGUUACGAUGCAAAUACGCUGUAUCUUCUUGCUGGCAACGGGAAUUCCAUAGCUUGUCCUGGGACAAAAUGCUACAGCCAUAUAAGAAAGCCAGAUGUAAAAUGGUACAAGGAUGGUCAUCGUGUAAAACACAGGGAAAGCAGAAAAAGCCUCAAGCUAAAGCAUAAUGACAUCUACUUGAAUCCAACCUAUGAUGAAGAUGCUGGCAUAUAUGUAUGUGAUUACACUCUAUUUGACAAUACUACUAAAUGGACAAUGAGAACAGCAGUUACAGUAGAAGUCAUUGCAAGAAACACUAUCCAUCCACCAAAUAUUUUGUAUCCCAGUGGAGUGGUUUUCCUUGAAGCAGAGCUUGGAAAGCCUCUUAAACUGGAAUGCCCAGUACAGUUUGGGUUUGAAAGAGGUUCUAUAAGGAGUGUAACAUGGAAAAGAAACAACAAAGAAAAUAUAAAUGAGAAACUGAACCAGAAAACAAGUGUUUAUCCAAAAGGUUUAAAGGGACACAUACUUCUUCAUGUUGCCAAACUGGAGGAAGUUUCUGAGAUGGACUUCAGAAGCAACUUCACGUGCUUUGCUCAAAAUUCUGUGGGGAAUGCUACUGCUGUGAUCCAGCUGAAAAGAAAAAGGAGAGAUGGCAAAGAAUAUGAUGCAUUUGUGUCGUAUGCAAAAUCAGACUCUUCUGAAAGUGACUCUGCUUUUACUAGUGAGGAAAGAUUUGCCCUGGAGCUUCUUCCAGACGUGCUUGAAAACAAAUAUGGGUACAAGUUAUGUAUUCUUGAAAGAGAUAUUCUUCCAGGAGGAGCAUACACAGAUGAAGUUGUUACAGCCAUUAGACAAAGCAGAAGAAUAAUUAUUAUUUUGAGCCCAGCCUAUGUCAGCGGACCAAGCAUCUUUGAACUGCAGGCAGCAGUGAACUGUGCGUUGGAAGACAAAAAGAUCAAACUGGUUUUAAUAAAGUUCCAGGCUUUCCAAGAGCCAGAGACUUUGCCUCCAGUAAUUAAGAAGGCCCUUAGGAUUUUACCAGCCAUUACCUGGAAGCCCUCUGCAUCUGCUGCUCCGAACAAGAAGUUCUGGAAAUAUCUGUGUUACCACAUGCCUGUGAAUACUACUAAGGUGCUGGGAGAAGGCAGCCUAAAGGGCUUUUUCCAAAGGUUAUUCAGCCUGGUACAUCGAUAA